CUCAAACAUUAACCCCUCAGGCGAGCCCACAUACCAGUGAGCCCUGUGGGACCUCCUGUUAAAAGAUGGCAGAAUCACAGGAGAGCAACACCUUCAGCUUGAGCACUACAGCUGCUGACCGGAGGCACAGCACGGACGGGACCACCAUGUCAGGGUCAGGAUCGACUCUAGGACGAGGCUCUGUUGGCUCGGACCAUUACCAUCCAUACCAUCGAAGGCUCAGCGAUGGAGCAGCUUUGACUUCAGAUUGUCUCAGACAGUGCUCAUCUACCUUCAGCUGUCUGCAGGACGAGUUCCACCCUGAAAGUUGUUUACACGGCUCAAAUGACAAGGCACCAACAUCUUGGGACCAGUACAACGGCAGCGUUCAGGUUUCUAGACUAAUGAGUUCCUACACAGAACUACCAGCUGUAGGACUAGCAGAGCCUCCCUGUUUCCUGUCUCAGAGCUAUCCAUCCUUCACCUCAUCCAGUCCACUACAACAGGUCUCAUCUCAGCUGCAUCCUAACAGCGAUCAGUCCAAUGGCACAAAGUAUUCUCUGCAAAGUUACUCCAAUCAGUCUCACCAAGAGAGCCCCUCACAGUCCCUCUUCCCCAAGCCCAUUUACUCAUACAGCAUCUUGAUCUUCAUGGCUCUGAGGAACAGCAACACAGGAAGCCUGCCAGUCAGUGAGAUCUACAGCUUCAUGACUGAACACUUCCCUUAUUUUAAGACAGCUCCUGAUGGAUGGAAGAACUCUGUGCGUCACAACCUCUCCCUGAACAAGUGCUGUGAAGUGGAGAACAAAAAUGGGAACUCAUCCCGCAAAGGCUGUCUGUGGGCGCUCAAUCCAGCCAAGGUGGAGAAGAUGCAAGAGGAGCUGCACAAGUGGCGUCGCAAAGACCCUGUCACUGUUCGCAGGAGCAUGGCAAAGCCAGAAAACCUUGACCGUCUACUGGGUGAGAGACCAGAAAAAUUCAGGUCUCUGCCACCUUAUACCAGUGCAGCUCUGUUAUCGAGGGGGCCCCCUAACUAUGGCAUCAGCUCAUUAUCCUGCAACCCAGCCCAGCUUCAACCACCCUGUCUACCUGUUCCACAGUCACAGUAUGCAAAUAUUCAACCCCAGCAGACCUGCUAUAUGCCCCCUGGUGCUUCUCAUCUUAGUAAGUCAUUUACCCUGUACUCACCCUGUGGACAGCCAACAGCCACUGGAAACCUGAACUCAACUGUGGCUCCAAAGAUGCCACCUGUUUACAAUGGCGCCCCGCAGGCUGAUUACAGCACUGUUCCUAGGAGCAUGCAAGAAUUUCUGCUAGAGGGAGACGCCAGUUAUGACAUUGACACACUUGACCCGAGUCUGACCGACCUUCAGCUGCAAGGCAACUUGUGGGAGGAGCUGAGAGAAGAAAGCCUGGUAUCUGACGCCCACAUUACUACCACAACCCUGUCCUCAACCUCUUCUCUGCAGGAGCAGCACAUCCAGAGAAGCUGCUUACAGAUCACACCUCCUCCUGUCAGUGGGACGGCUGUCUGUCCGGCUAAAGCAGGGUAUGAGGUCGGAAACAUGUUAGGUGGAGGACAGCCGGAGCAGCAUGGUUGUUUGAACGGACUCCAUCCUGGAGUGUAUUCAGGGGUGGAGAGCCUGGCAGGAUAUCUGACUUCUUCCUGCACCACACCAAUCUCCCUAAUGUAAAGAUUGUCUAUUAACUUUGUUUGUUAAACUGAAAUUAAGGUAAAUGAUGCAGGCCGCUUCAUGCCACAGUAUUAUAAGCUUGGUGGUUAUCUAACCUGUUUGUUUACCACUGUGUUGCAGACUUUGUUGGGAGAAAGGGUUCUCACUGUUAAUAUCCACUCUCAAAAACAAGCAGAGCUGAUAAAAUACGGGCUAUCUUUGACUCAUCUCUGUCAGUUUCAAAAGCUAUUUCUUCCCUUAGAUUUUGAAUUUACAGAGCUCCUAAUAGUAGAAAUAACCAGCAAUAUGUGUGCAUAUGUGGACAAGAAAACAGGAAAAACAUUUUUCAUAUUUUUGUUGUGAAAGUAGUUAUUUAUUGUGUUUCUGCAGUUUAUUAACAAAUCUGACAUUAUCGUGAUAUUAAUUGAUAGAUGUUUAAUUGUGUCAUACGUAAAUCUUAUUUCAUAUUCAAUUUAGAUGUGUCUCUGUCCAAGGGUUUAUCUCUUCUUUUAUGACCAAAAGGCCCAUAAAAUGUUUUUUUAGUAUGUCUUCUGUUUAAGCACCUUACUAUGAGCUGACUGUUGCAGCUCCCAAAGAUAUUUGUUAGAACUGUAAUAAAUGAAAAUGUGAAACUAAUGUAACUUAGUAAUUAAAAGUGAUAAUUUUACAGACAUAAAAUAUAUGUAAAUCUGCUCCCCUGGGCUUUACAGUCUUAUGGGGAGGUAACAUCAUUGUUUAGAUGCCAGUAUGCAACUUGACUAGCUAGCUUUAAUUUGGUCUCAAAGCGUGUUUCUCUAGUAGCAGUAUGGCACUUUUCAAAAUCUCAUAGGAUAAACUCUAAUACAUCAUUUGUAUUUAAAAUUAACAUGUGAAUAAAAAAAACAUAUCUCAUAUUUGUUGACUGUUGUGAUGGACCCUGGAGUACUGGUGUUUAAUACAAGGCUAACUUGAUACAUGAUGACAGGUGGUGCCAUGGUAACACUGCAGUAGGACUGUUGUCACAGAAGAUGGCAGCAAAGACACUCAGUGAUGUCCAACUUAUUCCAUAUGAAGAGAUAUCUUCCAAACAAAGCUUUUA